CCAUUCCAUAGCCAGUUCACUUCAUUUCAUUUCCCAAAACACGCGACCUUUCGCUCAGUUUGCCGAGGAAAGUGUAGCAGGAAUGACAUCGCCCGAUGAUGAGCGGAGUUUCUGGGAGCGGCACGAGUUCAAGUUCUACCAGUACGGCCAUGUGUACGCCCUGAUCUACGGCCAGGUGGUGAUCGACUAUGUGCCCCAGAGGGCUCUCAGGCGGGGCAUCAAGGUGCUCCUGAUCCUCUACGGUCACCUGUUUAGCCUGCUGCUGAUUGUCGUGCUGCCCGGCUACUUUUGCUAUCACUUUCGCACCCUAACCGACACUCUGGAUCGCCGACUGCAGCUGCUGUUCUACGUGAGCUUUGCCAACACGGCCAUCAAAUAUGCCACCGUGAUUGUGACCUAUGUGGCUAAUACCGUGCACUUUGAGGCCAUCAAUCAGCGGUGCACGCUGCAGAGGAUGCAUCUCGAAAGAGAAUUCGCCGAUGCCCCGCAGGAGCCGAAGAAACCCUUCGAGUUCCUCAUGUACUUCAAGUUCUGCCUGAUCAACCUGAUGAUGGCGGUCCAGGUGUGCGGGAUCUUUGCCCAAUAUGGCGAUUCACAGAACCAGGUGCGCGUCCACUUCGCCAUCUACGCCUUCGUGCUGUGGAACUACACGGAGAACAUGGCCGACUAUUGCUAUUGGAUCAAUGCCUCGGUGCUCAAGUACUACAGGCAGUUCAAUCUCCAGCUGGAUUCGCUGAGGCGGGAGGUGAAUGCCCUGCGUCCGGGUGGCGGAAUGCUCCUCCAUCGCUGCUGCGAGCUGAGCGAUCGCCUGGAGGAGCUGCGUCGGCGGUGCCGCGAGAUCCACGGCCUGCAGAGGGAGAGCUUCCGCAUGCACCAGUUCCAGCUGAUCGGGCUGAUGCUGAGCACCCUGAUCAACAACCUGACCAACUUCUACACCCUCUUCCACAUGCUGGCCAAGCAGUCGCUGGAGGAGGUCAGCUACCCGGUGGUGGUGGGAUCGGUCUAUGCCACCGGCUUCUACAUAGACACCUACAUCGUGACCCUGGUCAACGAGCACAUCAAGCUGGAGCUGGAGGGCGUCGCGCUGACCGUGAGGCGGUUCGCAGAGCCACCGGCAAGGGACGAGCGGCUGACCAGGGAGAUAGAACACCUAUCGCUGGAGCUACUCAACUACCAACCGCCGAUGCUCUGCGGUCUUUUGCACCUGGACCGCCGAUUGGUGUACCUCAUUGCAGUUACAGCCUUCUCCUACUUCAUAACCCUGGUGCAGUUUGAUCUCUAUCUGCGCAAGAGGUCCUAG